AUGGCUGAUGAAGACAACAGCUCCUCAAACUCUGAGCAGAUAGAUCAGCCAUUUCUCUGUAAUAUGUUUACUACUGCGGGUUUUGUGUUUCAAACUUCAAAAGAUAAAAAGAAGUCUUUUCUUUUAAAAGAACGUCCACACAUUUGUGACGUCUGUAAGAAAACAUUUACUUUAAAAGGUAAUUUAAAGAGGCAUAUGCUGACGCAUACUGGAGAAAGACCAUAUAUUUGUACCCUAUGUUCAAAACGAUUUGUGCAACAAAGUAAUUUAAAAAUGCAUCUUUUAACACAUACAAAUGACUGUCCUUUCGCAUGUAAUUUAUGCCAAAAAUCUUUUAAACAGAAAUAUUUUUUAAAAAGACAUAUGAUGAUUCAUACAGGAGAAAGACCCUAUAAUUGUGUUAUAUGCAGUAAAUCGUUUAGACAAAAAUCCCAUUUGAAAACUCACACUCUAUUACAUUCAAACAGUAGACCACAUAAUUGUGAUGUAUGUGGUAAAUGUUUUGUUGUUAAAAGUAGGCUGAAAACACACUUUUUAUCCCACAGUAAAGCUAAAUAUGCUUGCAAUAUUUGUAAUAAAUGUUUUUCUCUUAAAAGCCUUCUAAAUGAACAUAUGCAAAUGCAUGCAGAAGAAGACAAUUCUCAAGAUGUUUGUGAGAAAAACUGUCAUCAAAAUUGUGAAUUAAAAUUGCCAAGAGCACCUGAGCACAAAAUAUCAGUGUCUCUGGCAACAUCUAUUUUGAAUAUAAAUCAUGCAAGUCAUUAUAUGUUAUCUAAUAAAUGA